CGCUUGGAUGGGCGUGGAAUGGGCGGGAACACGAGCGUUGUUUUUGCUGUCAUGGGAACCCUUUUGGGCCAGAACCUGAACCAGUUGCGCUCCCACAGCAAUGCUGCCCGCCUGUUGCUUGGGGCGUGGCUGAUUUUCGCCUUCAUCUUGGGCACCGCCUACAGGGGCAACCUCACCGCCGCCCUCACGCUGCCCAAGUACCCCCCUCGCCCCGAGACGCUGCAGGAGCUUGUGCAGGCUGUGAAGAGGGUGACCAUGCCUUCCUACGGCGUUCAGUUCCGCGACUUCUACAAGCAGUCUGACUCGGAGGUGUUCCGUGCUCUUGCUAGCAUCAUGGAGAUUGUUCCUUCGGCUCAGGAAGGUCUCCGACAUGCCAGCGAAAACAGACAAGCGCACAUCCAAGCCUGAAGGUUCCUGGAGCUGGUGGUGGCGGAGGAGUUCACGCGGGCGGACGGGUCGACGCGGCUGUACUUGGGGCGGGAAAGCGUGUUCCCCGGCCUCUCCGCCUGGCCCAUCCCGCACGAUGCCCCCUACAAGGCCCGCCUCGACCGCUGCAUCAUGGCCAUCAAGGAGGCCGGCCUGUACGAGAAGUGGAGUCGGGACCUGAUGAAGAAAGCCAGGAAGGAAGGUCGGGAGAGACAGGCCAAGCAGACCCAAGCGGACACCGAGAAGGCGCCGAAGCCGAGCGGAAACUCUCCCAUGGCGCUGACGAUCGUCCACCUUCAGGGCCCGCUGAUGCUGGCGGCCCUGGGUCUCGGCGCCGCCAGCGUCACCUUCCUGGGCGAGAUGGCUCAGGUCACGUGA